CUUUCCCUGGCACAUCAGUCCUCCUCCUGGAAGAGAAGCUGGGCUUUGUGGGGAGCUAUUUAUAGCUGCAGCUGGCUAGCAUUUUUGCCCUCGAUUGUGCAUAUGAAGACUUUUGCAAGUGCGUUUUGUUAGCUCAGCAAGAUCUCUUGGAGUUGGUUUUUGUUUUGUUUUGUUUUGCUUUUUAAAGAGGUAAUUAUAAAAUGAAGAUUUUUAUCUCUUUUGAGGGAUCUUUUGAACCUUUUGAUGUUUCCCCAGGAGACACAGUAGGAGCUAUAAAGCUGAUGAUAAAGGAUUAUUUUCAUAUUCCACUUUCUGAAGAUAAACAAGACAAGAUGUACCUACAACUGAUGUAUGCUGGUGCUGUGCUAAAUGAUAACUGGAGUCUUGCUGAUGUAGGAAUAUCACUUGGCUCAACUCUCAAGUGCUUGGUCAAGAAAGAAAACAAACCAACCCUCUACAUCUACAAUGCAGUAACUCAAGAAACAAUGCCGAUAAAGGGAAACAUUUGCCUUCUUGGUAAAAAAGUAUCCUAUCUGAAAACACUGAUAAGUCUGAGAUGUGGCUUUCCAGUGAGUAUCUUCUGUCUCCGGACUCCUCAAGGAAGGGAGAUGUAUGACUGUAACACACUAAUGGAUUAUCAAACAGACAUAGGAACAGAACUUCGUUUAGAUGUAUGGGAUGGAUGGAAAGAAUUUCUGACUGGUUGUCUCCAAGGACAAAAGCUUAAAGUCCAACGGUAUCUAUCAGAGGAAGAACCAGUACUCAAGUACCAAAAGAGAGUAGCACUUUAUAUGGCUGCAUUUUAUGGAUAUAUUGAACUCACAGAGUGGACUCUACAGCAAGGAGUAAGGCCCAAUGAAGCAGUUGGGGUCCAUCCCUAUCGAGAAUGGUGUCAAGAAACGUAUCAUCCAGAUACCAUUAAAUGUCCCAUUCAUGCAGCCUCCGAAACAGGACAACUAUUGAUCCUUAAGGCCUUCAUCAAUUACAAUGUCUUAUGUCUAGACUGUAAAAAUGCACUGGGACAGAUACCACUAACAAUCGCCCUUAAACACAGGCAUAAAGACUGUGUAUUAUACUUGGUGGCUAAGAUGUGGUCCAUGGUUUCUUAUUCUAAAAUUUCAAUCCCCAUGAAGAUCUAUAUCAAAAUCAAGCAAUGGCUUCUCAGAGCUCAGCGUCACACCCUUCAGAGAAGACGCCACACUGGGACUCGGAGGUUCAGAACACGAGUUGGAGAUUUUGUCAUGGUGGAUGGCUUUACCCAGCCAAAAAUGACCUCCAGAGAAUGGAGUAAAGCUGGGAACAAGAGUAUAAAAAACAAAGUUUCCAAACUGCCAAAUUUCCAUGAAAAAACCCAAAGCAGGAAAACUCUGGAUCUUUUAACAGUUUCGCAACAGCAGAAAUGUGUAAGCAGCAUAAAAUUGCCUCCAAUAAAAGAAACAAAUGGGUUCUCAAGAUUACAAGAGUCUCAUCCAAACAAUCAGAAAAAAAAGAUAGCAACAUCUAGAAGGAAGGAAUUGAUGACAACAAAUCUGUACUCAGCCCAAAUCCCUCUUCCUUCACUUGAUACUGGGGGCUAUUCACAUCCUCCUUUUUACUAUGUGACCCCUAAGGCAGCCUGUUUCCUCACUUCAUCCCUUCAGUCUUUUUUGGAAUACAGUGGGAAGACUACAAGAGAGAAUGCAAUCUACUGCUUAGCUACUGCAAGUGCAUUUAAAGAAAAACGGUGGCUUCAGCAAUUAGAAAUUGCAAAGGCUAUGGCAAAGAAGAGCAUUUAUAAUCUAACUACAGAAGGCAUGACUUCAAAAUGAAGAUAUCCUCAGGAGGCUUUCCUUUGAUUUCCUCUUUGUUUUAUUUAUUUAUUUUGCAAGACACUCAGAGUUAAGUGACUUGCCCAGGGUCACACACCUAAAAAGUAUUAAAUGUCUACGGUGGCAUUUGAACUCUAGGUCUUGGGGAUUCCAGGGCCAGUGCUCUAUCCACUUUGCCAUCUAACUGCCCUGAGUCUUUCUUUGAGAAGGCAAGACCUCCAUUCAUUUGUGAUUAACAAAGUGCUGACAUAAUUUCUCAUUUCUAAUGCCAACAACCCCCAGAUACCAGCAGGAAAGAAGGGCUCAUAAAUGGACUUUAACACUUAGUUCUGUGAUCUCUAAAUGUUAGCAAUUUGGAUCACCAAGUCGCCGACUCUGAGGUAGAGAGGACCUGAGAAGCCUUCUUAAUUCAACCAGGCCUGAACAGAAAUCUCCGAUUAUUUCCAGACAGACUGUUCAGUCUAAAGAAUUUCAGAAACAAGGAAUUCACUAGUCUCUGAAUCAAUUCUACUUUUAGCUGUCUCUUGUUAACAAGUUUUUUUCCUUAUGUUAAGCUCAAAUCUGCCUCUUUACUCCUUCAAAUAAUUUUUAUAUAGUUCUGACUUCUGAAACAAAGUAGAGAAAAUGUAGUCCCUUUCCCACAUUACAUUCUUUUAAUACUUGGAGACAGCUAUCAUCCCUCCAGUCUUUUCAAUUAAUAGUUUGUUUUUUUUAUUAUAGCUUUUUAUUUACAAGAUAUAUAUAUGCAUGGGUAAUUUUUCAACAUUGACCUUUGUAAAACCUUUUAUUCCAAUUUUUCCCCUCCUUCCCCUUUCCCCCGUCCCCCAGAUGGCAGGUAAACCAAUACAUGUUAAAUAUAUUAAAGUAUAUGUUCAAUUAAUAGUUAUAUGCAGCUGAUUUUGCCUAACUCCAGAGCUAAGAAUUACCUGACGGUAACUGAAAAUAAUUAAAAGAGAAACAUCAAACCCUUUUAAAAAAAAAGAAAAUUGAAUGCAGAAGUCAGAAGCAGCUACCUGACUUUGAUCCCAACUGACCCAGUGACUAGUAGAUCCAAACAGGUUUCACCCAUUGAUGCACCAGGAGCUAGCAAUUCUGACCAGAUUUCACACCUCCCACCUGUCUUUCUGCCCUAAUACAUGGAUUUUUAUUUGUUAUGCAAAACAAUUUAUUAAUAGCAUCUUAGGGCUGAGCCCCCUUCUACUCCUCCCUGUACCCCAAUUUGGGUACUCCAAUACUCUGGUAUUAUGUAGUAAUCCCAAUUUGCAAUACCUUGUCUCUAUUAAAGAAUCUAGUUUUUGCUGUUUUAGUCAUCUUAUUUCAGGUUGAUAUAUUUGGUGUCAGAAAAUGGAAUUUGAAGAUUCCUGCCCAGAUGGCCACUGUUUUUAACCUCGUAAACCUGGUACUAGCCUGGACCCCUUGUGUUUCAGGCCAGAUUUGAUUCAGUGUUUCAGCCUGGGUAAGUCUCUCAAAUUUUCUGAAUUCCUGUCUUUUUGGUUGAGUUCUUGACUCUUUAAUCAAGUUUUUGUUAAAAAACAAAACAAAAAGAAGACCUAUGGGUGGGGGCAAGGAAAGGAGAAAAUCACAAAAUAAAAUUGCAUAGCAGAAAACAAAAGAAAAUUUAGAAGGAACACAGAAAAGAUGAAUAGUUCUGAAAACAAUAUGUAGGCUUUAUUACAUAGGUUUUUGUGAAAUGGAAAUUUAUUGUUUUGUAUUAAAUCUCUUAUGAUCUGCUACAUAUAUAAAAAAGUUUUUUUUCUUUCCUCAUUUUGUAUUUAAGUUUCAAAUGAAUUUUUAAAAUUAAAAGGAAAAACUUCAAAAUAAAGCUUAAAAAAAAGGUCCAUGGACAAUUUGGGUUCCCUUCCAGCAGGUUCCCCUAAAAAGGGAGAGCUGCUAGGUUUGUAAUUAUGGAUCAUGUGUGUCUACUCUAACAGAUCUGCCUAAAAGGAGAGUUUCUGGCUAUAUGUUUUGUUUGUUUGUUGUUUUUCUUUGUGGAAUACCAAAUGUGCCAUUGUGCGUGUAGGUGUGUGUCCUUCAGUAAAAAGUCACAUUUUUUUCUUCUUUUUGAUUGGAGUACUGGAGAAGGGAAAGAAUGAGGUCAAAACUAACUGUACACUUGUUUUUGUUUCUAGAUGUAGUGGAAACUGAAAAAUUUAAGCCCAGACUACCUAUAGAAUUUUUACAGAUAAUCAGAGCCAAAAGUAGCAAAAACAGCAAUGAGAAGAAAAAAGUUUGAAACAAGAAUUAGAUGGCUUUUUCAGGGAAUUACAGGAGAUUCUCCUCCUUCACCAAUUAAUUUGAAUAAUUCCCUUUCUUUUGACAGAGAGCAGAAUUGUCAGAAAGAUAAUAUUGGCAGAGAUGCAGUUAGAGAGUUAUUUUUCCCCUUGCUUUUAAGUAAUUUAUUUCUAACUAAUAAAAACUUAUUUGGGAAUUGAAUAAUAGAAAUUAUAAAUGCAGGUUUAAUUAAACCCUGAAAUUAAAUUUUGUAGAUUAUGUUUAAUUUUAAUCUGGGAGAACUGUCUGGUUUUUCCCUCAUCACCCUGAGUUUUUUUUUUUUUUUUAAAUAACUUUUUAUUGAUAGAACGCAUGCCAGGGUAAUUUUUUACAGCAUUAUCCCUUGCAUUCACUUCUGUUCCGAUUUUUCCCCUCCCUCCCUCCACCCCUUCCCCCAGAUGGCAAGAGUCCUUUACAUGUUGAAUGGGUUGCAGUAUAUCCUAGAUACAAUAUAUGUGUGCAGAUCCGAACAGUUUUCUUGUUGCACAGGGAGAAUUGAAUUCAGAAGGUAUAAAUAACCCGGGAAGAAGAACAAAAAUGCAAGCGGUUUAUAUUCAUUCCCCAUCACCCUGAGUUUUAAGUAUUAACUCAUAGAAAAGAGAAAAGUCUGUGUGAAUUGGAAAUCAACCAAAAGAUAGAGAAUUUGAUUAGAAAAUCUAGUUAGAUACUUGAUUAUUGAAGUGGAAAUCAAUUUAGAAAUAAUUUUUGAAUUGAUAUGAGUUUUGAACUUAGAAAUUUUGCUAUAAUUGUGAGACUCUUACCCACUUUUAUAAUAGAUUAUUGAGUUUUUGAGUUCCAGUUUACUUCUUGCUCCAAAAAGAAAAAGUUAUUUAAGAAAACAAUUUGAAGUUUACAUGGAAUUUAUUAGGAUAAUUGCUGUUUGAAUAGAUGAAAUUUUUGUAAACCAUUAACAGUUUUUAUUAUUGCUAAAAACAUCUUAAAUAUUUUUGCUGCUUCCAUUUCUUAGAGAAUAACAGAUUUGUAACUAAUUAGAUUCUAAGUAAAAGUCUUUAAUAAAAUCAUUGGUUUUGUAAGAAUUCAGUAAAGAUUACAGAAUAAUGUUCAGUCAUUUUUCAGUUGUGUCUGAAUUUUCCUGACCUCAUUUGGGGUUUUCUUGACAAAGCUGCUGGUAUGAUUUGCCAUUUCUCUUUCCAGCUCAUUUUACAGAUGAAGAAACUGAGGCAAACAGGAUUAAGUGACUUCCCCAGGGUCAUAGAGCUAGUAAGUUUCUGAGGCCAGAUUUGAACUCAGAAGGUUGAGUUUUUCUGACUCUGAGCCUAAUACUCUAGCCACUGUUCCUAGUCUGAAAUGCUGUUUGAAUAAAUAAGAAAGGCAUGGGAUUUCAUACUACAGGAGAAAUGUAUACACAAGAAAAGGUUGAAAGAUUUGAAGGAUGUUAUGACUUAAAAUGGGAAAAUCCCCAUUUGGGAAAUAACUGAAUUUAUUCCCCUCUCAUUUUAAGUGAAAUAUGUCUCCUCUAAUAAGAUGCUUUUUGCUAAGUCAGAAUUUAUUGUACCAUUUAGUAUUAAGACAAAGUAUUUUUAAAAAUACAUGGACCUAGAAAUGUGUUAAUUGUGUGAUCCUAAAACAAGUUACCUCAGUUUACAAAUCUGUAAUAUGAUUUAAGAAAAUAGCUCAUAUUGAUUUGAUAGUUCUUUGCAUUAGGACUAUUAGUAAAAUGGAAAAUUCUUUUUAGAUGAGUAUUCUUUUUUGGUUUUAUACACACACACACACACACACACACACACAUUAAUUGCUAUAUACUUUGGAUAGUAGUUUCAAUUGUUAUAAAUUCAAUUGCU